AUGCAUAACCAAGUACCACGAUCCAAAGCUCCCCCGACAUCGACAAUUCUAGCAGAUUCCCAAGAGAAAGAGGAGCACAAGAAAAGAAAUACAAAGCGCGGUUCUUUAGCUCGCAGCUGGCUUAACGCCGACGUUGAAGACUCCAUUUUCCUCGACCUGGAACUCCUCGUCCUUACCUUCUCCAUCGGCAUGCAGGACGUCGCCACCUUUCUCGACUAUCGAUGCUUCGCCAGCAACCAAACGGGUAACUCAGUCCUCCUCGCCGCCGGCAUCAUUGGUCUUGGCGACGAACUCUUCGAAGUCGGCAAUGUCGGCACCUCACUCGCCGCCUUCGUCGCGGGCGGGUUCUGCGCUGGCCAGACCGGCAAUUUCCUGCUCGACGGCGGCGUCUUAAGGAAGAGAUGGUGGCUUGUCUUCUCGUCUGUCGUGCAGACAGCAAUGGUAUUUGGCGCCUGGGCGCUGCAGUACCGCCAGCCCAUACACGCUGACGGUGUAGCCAUGACGGUCAUUGCGUUGUUGGCAUUUUCUUCGGGCGCGCAGGUGGCCAUGGCUCGCGGGUUGAGGGUCACGGAGAUCACGACGGCAAUGGCGACAGCGGCUUGGGUGGACAUUAUUGUUGAUCCCGAGUUGUGGACGCGGAAGAACAGAGGGAGAAAUAGGAGAAUGGCGUUUCUUAUCUCGCUCAUUUCAGGAGCAUUUGUGGGAGCCUGGGCUUAUCGCAGCAUGGGUAGUGCCUUUGUUUUAUUAGUCAGUGCUAUUGGCAAGAUCAUCGUUACUGCGGCAUUGUUAAUCAACGAUGUCCUGGUCAUAACCUGCGAGGACGAUUUGGAUAGCGAGGCUUGUGGCGAAGAAGUUUGA